AUGUCUUUCUCCGCGAGAUACACCCGAUACCUGGUGUUCGCCGUCGUGGGAUUGGCCUUCUUCUACAUCGUCACCCGAUCGUCCUUCCAUCUGCCUAGCGCCGCCUCAUUCCCUCGUCCACAACCUUCCUACGAUGAUUUCAAGUCACAAAAAACACAAUAUGUCGGAACCAACAGCAGCGAGCGAGUCAAUGCGACCUUUGUCACCCUCGCCCGCAACUCCGACCUCUGGGAGAUCGCCAAGUCUAUCCGGACCGUCGAGGACCGCUUCAAUCGCAACUACAACUACGAUUGGGUCUUCCUGAACGAUAAGGAGUUCGACGAGGACUUCAAGAAGCUUACCACGUCGUUGGCUUCCGGCAACACCCACUAUGGCAAGAUACCCAAAGAGCAUUGGUCGUAUCCGGACUGGAUUGAUCAGGAUAAGGCCAGAGAGGCGCGAGAGGAGAUGGGUCGCAAGAAGAUCAUCUACGGUGACUCAGAGAGCUAUCGCCAUAUGUGCCGCUAUGAGUCGGGCUUCUUCUUCCGCCACCCGCUGAUGAUGAACUACGAAUACUACUGGCGCGUGGAGCCCAGCAUUGAGCUCUACUGUGAUAUUGGCCACGACCCGUUCCGCUUCAUGAAGGAGAACGACAAGAAGUACAGCUUUGUUAUCAGUUUGUACGAAUACAUCGAUACCAUACCCACGCUCUGGGAUAGCGUGAAGAAGUUCUUGAAGGCCCACCCCGAGCACGUCCCCAGUGGCAAUGCCAUGGAGUUUAUUAGUGAGGAUGGCGGCGAGACCUACAACAAGUGCCACUUCUGGUCCAACUUUGAAAUCGGCAGCCUGGAGUGGCUGCGGUCCAAGGCGUAUAUCGACUACUUCUCCUCCCUGGACCAGGAUGGUGGCUUCUUCUAUGAGCGAUGGGGCGAUGCGCCCGUCCACUCCAUUGCUGCGGCCGCCAUGCUCAAGAAGGAGCAAAUCCACUUCUUCAACGAGAUCGCCUACUACCACGUACCUUUCACCCAUUGCCCGAGCGAUGAGCAGACGAGGCUGGACCUGCGCUGCCAUUGCAAACCCGAAGAGAACUUUGACUGGAAGGGCUAUUCUUGUACCAACCGGUGGUUCCAGGUCAACGACCUCCAAAAACCCGAUGGCUGGGACAAGUCAGAUUGA